CUCAAAAAGCCGAACUCAAGUUAACAACCACUGAUAAGGUCUUCCAAUAGCGCAAACAAAUAGUGCCGUAAAUGACAUCUAAGAGAUGAAUUUUCAAACAACAUUUUGAUGUUCCUUGAAACUGUCCACAAUUUGAUGAUGAAGCGGAAUUUUUGGUGACUAAGGACACUUUUCAUUGUUACUCUGAAUGCAUCACUGAUCAGAAACUUUAAUUUUCAAAGAUAGUCGGCUAGUUAUUAAAUUUUCAUAAUUCCCUUACACCUGCCGGAAUUCUUCGUGUUUGCUAUGCCAUCAGAACUUUCAGAUUCAAAGACAAAAAAUGUUAAAUUAAUUUCGGUCCGCAAACCAAUUUCCAUAACAGGAACAGCUGAUUUUGGCUAUUAAUUUUCAAACUGACGCAAAUUUUCAGCUUUUGCCUCAUGUAAUUUUCCAAAUUAAACCUAAACGAGCUUGAACAAUUCGAAGUUUUAGGUAAUAUUAUCUCUGAAAAAAAUGUUUUUGCUUUCCGGCAAUUGAUAUCCGGUUGUGGGGAAAACAGAAUUUUCUUACGUCAACUCGAACUUCAAUUUAAAAGGCUUACACCCCCAGCCUUGACACUCUGUUCGUUCAGUAUUUACACACAUCUCAUUAUUUCUGUUAUCCGUUCUUGUGGAAGCAUAGAUGCCGCGGAAAGGCGGAAACGGUCGACGUGUAGGGGCUGUAUUUGAACAGAAGCCAAACAUUGGAGCCAAACAUUUUGGCGCUUGAUUCCAAUUUCUUAGAAACACUUACUGUAAAAGGUACUCCUCAGUAGGGUGUUUGUGUACUGUCUAGGCUAUCAAGAAGAAGCUGAGAAAAAAUUUUUCUUUCCGAAUGAUGGACGAGUUUUAAUUACUGCGUUUUCAAAUCGCAAAAGCAUUCAUUCUGGUUGCAAAACAAAGGAAAAGGAUAUCGCUAUAGGGCUUGGUAAAUAGUUAGGAUAUUGAAAAAGGAAAACAACAGGAAACAUAAGUUUUUCAUCUUCUGAAAAAGUUCACCUUUCCAUGAGCAGUCUCCAAGUGAAGAAUGUCUCGAUUUCUUUCAAGGAAUAUGUUUGUCGGUUGGUUGACUCUAUUAGGCGUGAGUACAUUUCUUGUUGAGAUGAAAAUGUUGAGUGAUGGAUCUCCAAGGAUUUUUAUUCCAGGAGAUGUCAUGUUGGCCGGUCUAGCGCCGAUUCACUACCCUCCGGGUACAAGAGAAGAAGAUCCCGAGCAGAAUUCACACGGGAAAUUCUCUCGUCAUUGCAGGGGACCGUUCAACUUCCGCGGCCUGCAGCAUGCUGAAGCGAUUCUUUACGCUUUGGAUCAAAUCAACAAAAACGAAACCUUACUACCGGGAAUCUCUCUGGGUGUCGACAUCAAAGACACUUGCAACAGCGUUGAUCAUACGAUUCAAGAAUCUUUACAGUUCGGUUUUAUCCGUGCAGCGUAUAUGCGCGCAGAACUUGACAAUAUUCGAGCCUGUGGAUUGACGCUUAACGCCUCUACGCUGAAAACGUUGCCAGAAAUGGGCGUCGCUCUUGUAGGAGCUGCUUACAGUGGAAUUACAAUCGCUGUGGCAAAUCUAGUAGGACUAUUCCACGUGCCAGUUGUUAGUUACGCCUCCACCAGUCGGCUCCUAAGUGACCGCAAGCGUUUCAAAAACUUCUUACGCACUGUUCCGUCUGACACGUGUCAAGCUCAAGCCAUGGUUGACAUCAUUCGCGAGUUGGAUUGGAACUUCGUUUCAACUGUCGCCUCAGAUACGGAGUAUGGACGCUCGGGAAUCGAUGCUUUUAAGCAAUUGAUCGGGAGCAGUCGGAACUAUUCUCGUAUUUGCAUCGCCGUCGAUGAAGUCUUCACCGUGAGAACACCCAAGGCGAAAGUGCGCGAAAUUAUGUUGAAGAUUCGCAAACAUCCUGAAGCGAAAGUGAUCGUACUUUUCGCCGAAAUGAAUGAUGCGGAUUAUUUCAUUAUCGUGGCGCGGGAGGAAAACAUGGCUGGUUACAUCUGGAUUGGUUCUGACGCAUUCGCUCGAUCUUACUCGGUUUUCCGCAACAACAAAGAUAUUUUAAAAUACUGGAUCAACAUAGAACCCAACUCGAAAGUUUUCGAGCCUUUCAGAGAUUAUUUUGAGAACAUCACUCAAGAGCGCCUGAAGCGAAACCCUUGGUUGACGGCUUACCGACGAUACGUUAAGAAACUGUUGAAUUCAACUGAGCCUGUUGAUUACUCUUCAUAUACGACAACCGCAAUUGACGCGGUGUAUGCCGUAGCGUAUGGCUUGCAUAACAUGUACCGCUGUUCCGACAAGGCUUGUCUUGUCCACAUAUCGAACACAAUACAAUCUGAAGUGUAUAACUUCAUCAAAAACUCUUCUUUUGCGUCGCCCUCUGGUCAUCGAGUGUCAUUUGACGAUAGUGGAAGCGCUAAAGCUUACUACAAUAUCAUCUUUCUUAACAAUAGUGGCGGGAAAUAUUUCUUUGACAUUCUUGGGAGCUGGUAUUUGGGAGAGAGGUUUAAAUUUUCCUCUCGAUACGAGCUCCAAAGACAUCCUUUCAGUGAUUUUCAGUCCUUUGCAAGGUGUAGUCCGAGAUGUAGACCUGGGCAUUGGAAAGACCCUAAGAAGCACUACCCAGAAUGCUGUUGGAGCUGCCUUCGCUGUGAUGGCAACAGUAUCAGCAACCAAUCAGAAGCGACGGCGUGUGUGAGUUGCCCGGAGGGAAUGACAGCCAAUAGUGGCAAGUCCUAUUGCAUUGUAAUUCCCUCAAAAGAGAUAUUUCACACCAUCCCCGGAAUGGCAGUAGCUUGUGUCAGUGGGGUAGGAAUAUCUGCUGUUUUAGUAACCUUUGUGUCGAUAUUUAAACAAAGGAAUACGCCGAUUGUGAAGGCCUCCAGUCGAGGAAUUUCUUACGUGCUUCUGUUUGGUCUAGCAUGGUGCUACGCCCUUCCUAUCGCUUUUAUAUUGCAACCGACAUCCCUGUUUUGCCAAAUUCACCCGUUUUUAAUCAGCACUGGCGUAGCUUUGGUGAUUGGGGCACUCUUGACGAAGACCAAUCGUAUUGCGCGGAUUUUCAGCACGAAAACCAUGCGCACUGGCAAGGCUUACUUUCUGAGUAACAAGUGGCAGCUGCUCUUUGUAUUGCUGUGUGUCCUGGUUGAAAACUGUAUUGCAGCCACAUGGAUCAUCGUCUCGCCGCAAAAGCCCGUGAGAGUCACGUACGGAAGUCACCAAGUCGUGCUGGAGUGCAUUGGCGAAUCUCUAGAGGGCGUGACGAUAUGGGCGGUGUUCAACGCUGCUCUCAUUCUUCUCUGUACGUACCAAGCCUUCCUCGUGCGCAAAGUUCCCGCAAAUUACAACGAAGCCAAGUUUAUCACCUUCAGCAUGGUCACUGUGUGUAUUAGCGGAGCGGUCUUCAUUCCAACAGCUUUAGGGACCAAGGGACUCUACAGGACAAUUACAGCUUGUUUUCUUUUCAUACUUUGCUGUACUGUAGCUCUCGUUUGCCUUUUUGGACCAAAGUUGUACGUAAUCCUCUACCGCCCUGAGAAAAACCUGCCUCAUGAGCCCAAAACCGAACUGAAGCCGACCGGAGUUCUUCGACCCCAAUACUGUCGAUCCAUUUCUUCCCUCAGUACGCUGACGAUAACGAACUCGUUGGAAAGUUUGGACAAUUCACAGCCAACGAGUUACCACCACACAGGGGCUCUUGCUAGUAGACUACAAUAGUUUUAAGGCCACACAUUUCCUCACAAGUUGGUCUAUUUUUCGUGACUUGAUCUCUGAAUGAGGUAUCGAGACUAUUAAGGAUUUGGAGGAAGUUUAGCAUCGUCAAACUGUUAGCUUAGAUAACGUUAUCGCUUCCGAGUGCUUUAUUUCUGAUAUGCGUGUAGGCCCUUGACAUCUAUUGCAACUUUCACGGGAAGUUCCACGGGGGAAAUUAUUUUAAACGUCUGUCGAUCCUAUACUAGUGCUUAACUAUACCAUGGACACAAUUUGGACUAUUAGGUUAAGGGUUCAGCCUAUAAUCACCGUUUCCCCUUCAGCGGCAAUAUGGCAUUGUACCCGUUGUUGCUCAGGUGAUAUUUUUCUUUGUUUGGGUGUGAACAUAUUUGUGGAAUAUCAGCAAGAAAAGGUGUAACAAAACUCGCCAGGUAAAGAAAAAAAAAAGCAGAAAAAAAAGAAAGAGCCUCUAUUACCUUUAGAAAGGUAAUCGGUCGUAAGAGUAAGCCACAUAACUAGUGACUAUAAUCCCGAUUCAGUUAAUUAUUUGGGCGAAAGGUGAAAGUGUAGUACGAUCAUCAAGGUGAGUGUAGUCCUUAGAAAGACUGUUGUCGGUGGUGGUGACGGACGUUUCGACAACCUAUGCGGUUGUCAUCAUCAGAGUCAAGAGAGUAGCUAUCGAAUGUUCUUUGUCCAGUUCGUACAAUCCCGAUUGUAAGUUGGCAAGACACCUCUAAGACUAGUUACAUGG